AAGAGACAAAAAUACUUAAAAUCGAAACAAUCCCAUUUUCUCUCUCUUCCUCGUCUUCUCCAUAACUCAGAGAACACACCUAUUUAUCAAUAUCAUCAUACUUGGGUCUUCUUUCUCUCUCCUCUCUUCAACACACGUCUGAAAAAUAGUUGAGAUCUGAACACUUUUUUUUCCCCAAUUUUCAAGCUACCCUUUUCAGAAGGGUCUGAUUCACAUAAUAUCACUACUUAAGGUGAAUUUUUCAGGAAAGAAUGGGUGUGGAAGUUGCAGGAUCUGAGUUGCCGAAGGCGAAUGGUGAAGUGAAAACUAAAGUGCAUGAACAGGAGAAUGGGAAAAUCAAUUUUGCUGAGGUUAUCACAUUCGGUUCGCAUGGUGUUGAUGAAGUAAAGCCGGGAGGAGAGGCGAAUGAUGUCUCAAGUGUGAACAUUGCAAAGAAUGCAGUUGAUGAAUGGCCGGAGGAGGCGCAAACCCAUCACUUUUAUUUUGUCAAGCAUCGACAAUGGGAUGACCCGAAGUUGAAGGCUGAAUUUGAGCUGACUGAGAAAGAAAUUCAGAAGAAAAAUGUACAAAUAGGCCAGAUAAUUGAAGAACUAAGGGCUAAAAAGUCAGAAAAAUUCGAGCUGCUUGAUGAGGUUAAGGCCUUUAAUGAUGAGAAUGCACAAUAUUGGGCAUUUAUAAAUGAAAAAAGGGAGGAAAUUAAGCCCUUGCAGACUGCUCUGGGCUCCUUACGUGGUGGUGGUGGUGGAGAAAAGGGAUCCAGUAUUUGUUCAUCAGAGGAGGAGCUUAAUCAGCUUAUACGAAGUAUUGAGUAUCGUAUGCAACAUGAAAGUAUGCCAUUGAAGGAGGAGAAACAACUAAUGAGGGAAUUGAAAGAAUUGGAGGCGACAAGGCCAAAGGUUAUCGCCAAAAGUGCUAUGAGGGCAAAGAUUCAGGAAUCCAUGGGGCAAAAGGAAGCCAUUCAGGAUCAAGUCAAGCUUUUAGGUACUGAUCUGGAUGGAGUUCGGAAGCAGCAGGCAGCAACAAAAGCGAAAAUUGAUCGUCUUACUCCACAACUGAAUGCGUUGAAUGCUCAGAUUGAAAAACUAGGUGAUGAGUUGAAGGCUGUUAAGGAUAAAAAGGAAGUAGCAAUCGCGACAGUGCAACAACUGAGGAAAAAACGAGAUGCUGGGAAUGCAUAUUUCUACGAAAGCCGAACCAUUCUGAACAAAGCAAAAGAGAUUGCUGUUAGGAAGGAUGUGAAGGCCCUCGAGGAAUAUAAUAAUGCUGAGGUUGAGAAAUUUAUGUCCCUAUGGAACAGCAGCAAGGCUUUUAGGGAUGAUUAUGAGAAGAGAAUGUUGUCAUCACUGGACUAUCGGCAGUUGAGUAGAGAUGGACGAAUCAGGAAUUUUGAUGAGAAGCCACUGGUGAGGGCGGAGCCACAAAGACCUUCUGAGGCAGAUUUGGGGUCCAAAGCUCCAUUAAAGCAACAGAAAGAAGUUGUAAAAACUACUCCAAAAGUAGAAAGUCUUCCUGCUGAAAAGGCUCAGAAAGAAUCAAAGAAGGGAAGUAAGGAGUCAAAAACUGCUUCAGAACGAGCAGUGGAAGAAGAGGAAGUCUUUGUGGUACAAAAACCAAAGAAGGAUGUCUCAAAAGACAAUGGAAUUGAUGCAGAAAAAUUGAAGGAAAUGAAGAAGGAAGAGGAAAAGGAAAAGCAAAGACAGGCUUUUGAGAGAAAGAAGAAGCUGCAAGAGAAAGCUGCUGCUAAAGCAGCUCUUAGGGCUCAGAAAGAAGCUGAAAAGAAGCAGAAGGACCGUGAAAAGAAAAUGAAAAAGAAAACUGUACAGCCAUCCAACGAAGACGAGGCAACAGAGAAAUCUGAGACUGAUGAACCGGAGAGAUCUGAUGAGGUAGAAGAGGUGGUAGAAACUCCAGCUGCUUCUAAAUCUAAGGUGCAGCAGGAUAACACUCUCAGACACAGGAAACCAAUAAGAUCCCGAGGUACUUUACCAAAAGCUAUGAUCAAAAAGAAAAAGUCGGAUAAGUAUUGGCUUUGGGGUUCCAUUGCUGCUGCUGUUUUUGGGGUUCUGAUGCUUGUUGCUCUUGGGUACAAGUACUAUCUUUGAAUCGAAGUUUGGUCAUCUUGAGAGAUAUGAAGAUCGAUACGUUACGUUACGUUGGUGCCCCAAUGUAUUUGUUAAAGGUGGGGUAAUGUAGUAGUAGUACUAAUGUUGAUUUAUGUUUUUUACAUCUCAAUGUGGGGGAUGGACUAUCAAUCCAUAAGAAGUUAUCUGUAGCUCAGGCAGGCAGUUCUAAGUCUUUUUUUACAGGAGCGAGACUAGAUACACUUCCGUCUUAGUUUUUUACUUACCUGUAUCUUAAAGUUUUGUUUUUUUUUUCUUUUUUUUUUGGAAUAUCGUGAUCUUUUUUUUUUUGUCCUAUCUUGAGACUUCUAAAACUGAAAAGUUCUGUACUACUUUCAAUGAAUUUACAGUUAGAUAA